AUGGAUCCAGAAUUUAUUAAAGUUCGAUUUGAUGAUCAAGAGCUUUCAUUACCUUUAAAUUCAAAAGGGAAUUUAAAAUUAUCUGUAUUAAAACAAUAUUUUCCCCAAGCAUCUGGGUUAACCUAUUCUGUAAAUAAUGAAAAAUGUGGCUUGCCCAUUGAAUCAGAAGAAAUUUUAAUUAAUCGUAAAAUUGAGCAUUAUGAUGUACACGUUGGACAAGAUCUAAAAAAUUCUAUUACCAGCAAGAAAAGAAAAUUAGUCCAUGAAAUGAUAGAUAAAAUUCAACUUGGCCAAGGUGUAAAUUCUUCUAAAACUCAUAUGACGAAAAUGAAGAACAAGUGGGCUGAUUCUACUGUAGUCUCAGCACAACCUACAUUAAAAAAAGUACGACUUGGAUGGCUCGUAAAAAGAGGAGAUCGUUAUGAGCAAAUGAAGAAACCUUUAGGUGGAGUCAGAGAAGUACCUUUAGAAGUAGGCAAGAGAUAUUUAGUUAGUGAUAUAAAAAAAAUUGCGAUGGAGGAGUUUUCUUGCAAUAGCGAAGUAUCAUUCCACAAUUCCGAUGUACGUCUUGGCCUUAUUGAUCGCACUGUCUUAACUAGUUUUAGAGACAGCAAGGGUAUUGCCUGUGACUUAUGGACUUUUCUAAAAGAGCAGAAGUCGAGAUUAUUUACCUUGUACAUAAUAACGUCUCCAAAAGAAUGUGCUCAGACAUGUGAUCAACUUAAAACUAUCCAAUAUUCUCAUCACGAAAAUCCUAACCCUCAAUUAUCUCAGCGUAAUAAAGUUUUAAAACGAUCAACAGCAAUUUCUCACAAAAAUUCUGCACCUUUAAAAAAUAAUAUUUUUAUUACUUAUGAAGUGAUCAGUCAGUCCGAGUACACUCAAGAUUAUUGCAUAUGUUAUCUACUAAAAAAUGAUUUAUACAACCAUAAAUUUGAUGAAUAUGGUUGUAUACCAAUUGCUGAAUUUAAUCCGAUUGAUGCUGGCCAUGAAAUAGCUGAAAUUGAAGUUGAUAACAGAGUAUUGUUAUUAAUAUAUACAUCAAAUGAUGAUUUGUCCAGAGACUAUAAUUUCCCAGCAGCGGAUAUUCUUGAUGAUGACAACCAUUAUAUAUUAUAUGAU